UGAAAAUCUGGUCGCGGCUCCAAUAUCAAGGGCUUCAGCCCGACAACGGGCUGGAAGGGCUGGAAGAGUUAGACCAGGAAAGUGUUACAGGCUCUACACUGAAGAAUAUUAUGUAAAUGAGAUGUCUUCUGAUGGUGUUCCGGAGAUACAGAGGUCAAACCUUGUUUCCUGUAUUAUUCAGGAUCCGAUGGUUUCAAAAAUGAUUUUAGCUUCAAAUGAUCUUGGCUGUUCUGAAGAAGCCAUCACUAUUGCUGCUGUGUUGUCCUUACAGUCGAUCUGGUAUUCAACCAGGGGAUCAGAAAAGGAAUUGGAUGAGGCCAAGUUGAGAUUUGCUGCUGCUGAGGGUGACCAUAUUACCUUCUUAAAUGUGUAUAGAGGAUAUGUUGAGUCUAAUAAAUCUUCGAGUUGGUGUCACAGGAACCACAUAAACUACCAUGCAAUGAAAAAAGUUGACGACGUUCGAAAACAGUUGAGAAGAAUAGCACAACGUUUGGGCAUAUCCCUUAAAUCUUGUGACCACGAUAUGCAGGCAGUGAGGAAGGCAGUUACUGCUGGAUUUUUCUCAAACGCUUGUUGCGUAGAAGCCUUCAGCCAUAACGGUGCAUACAAAACUAUACGAGGUUCACAAGAAGUCUAUAUUCACCCUUCGUCUGUAUUAUUCAGAGUAAAUCCAAAGUGGGUGAUCUACCAUUCUAUUGUCUCGACUGAGCGUCAGUACAUGCGCAAUGUCAUCACUAUAGAACCCUCGUGGCUGCCAGAGGCUGCUCCGCACUUCUACCACCGCCAACAGCUUGAUCCUAGAUUGCAUUCCUAGUGUUCCUUUGACAAUAAAGCUUAUGCCGUAUCUGUGCUCCUUUCGGUUGCUCUCUCCCGCCAUUUGUGAUCGUUUGCCUGAAGAUGUAUGCAUCGCGCCUCAGUGAAAGAGCUUAGAUAAACCUCAUGCAAGCUUGUUUCGUCGCAGACCUCUGUGAGAUUGCUAAUUUUGAACUCGGUGAGAAGCUAGAGCUGAAAGAGGCAGAAUGACAGAGUUACUGAUUCCUUGAGGUGGUGCUGCUGCUACUUAAUCAGAUUAACGUUUCAACUCAUCAAAAUCAGGAGUCUCAUCAUCGUCACAGUGAAAUCAAAUGUAUUAGGUGGGAUAUCAAAUGUGAGUUGGUAUCAGUCAAUUUCUCUAGAAUGAUUAAAAAGUUAUAUCCGGGUUGCAAGUCUAUCUUGAAUCUAUGUAAGAAUAGGCAUACGCGUCAUUUUAGUUCGACUAUCAAAACUAGUAUUUAAUUUAAUAAUAAUAUAUUCUCUCAAUCCACUAAAAA